AUGUCUUCAUUCAUGCACACAUCUUGUACGAGUCUCACACGACUGUUCUUAUCCCGCAAUCUUCUUGGAGUGUCUGGCAUACUGUCAUUAGAGACAGCUGUACUGUUUGGUGCUCUUAUCAACCUAAAGAGCCUGGGGCUCUCUAACACCCUCACUGACGAUGCUGACGUCAAUGGAGCACUACUGACCACCCUCUUGCAGUCUAUUGCCUCUCGCUGUGCUGAACUGAUAGUAUUAGAUUUCUCCGAUAAUAAUCUUGGUUUACCUGGAUUAUGUUCCGUUGUAGAGAACAUUCCGUUACGAUUGAAUCACAUUGGGUUAAGCGAAACCCAUCGAAUUACUUCAUUUAACUCAGAGUCUCAAUACCCAGUCACUUGUGAGAUGCUGGAUAUUCACCCAAACAGUUUAACAUCGAUGGAUUUGACCAACUCCAAUUUCAAUGGAAUUGCAGGAACUCUUUUACUGGCAAAGAUUCUUCAAACACUUCAAUCGCUGAAAGAACUUAUCUGCUCUGACUGUUCUCUCACCUCUGCCGACAUCAUAAUGCUUAUCCACCAUCUUAAGUCCGCUAAUGUGGUAUGUAAGAAUUUAAAUGAAUUGAAUCUCAGCAACAACUCCAUUGAUGAUGAGGGAUUGAUAGCUCUCACUGAGUGUCUACCUCAUCUGUUUCCUAGUUUGAAGUUUAUCGAUCUUGGUUGCCAGAAUGGUGUUGAUCUCGGUGGUAAUACUGUGAGCAAGGACUUGAUACUCAUGUGCAACAAACAGUUGGAGGCAUUUGAGGAAUCAUGGAAAACUGCAAUGCUGAAUGAGUGGGAGAGAACGUGUUUACCUCCGCAAAAUGAAGAGAUGACUCGUGUUUUCUACGAACUCUGGAAUACGCUACUGUCGGAGAUGAUUGAGGUGGCUGAACUAUUUGAUCUCCACCAAACGGACAAUGCACUGGACACUGAGAGUAAUGUUGCCAAUUACGAGAUCUUCUUUCCAGAAAUCCCCUCAAGCUACAGAACCACCCAAUGAUGAGCCUACCUGUCCUAUUGUACAGCCUACUGAAGUAACAGAACAAGAGGAAACAAUUGUUGUGUCAGUUGCUGACUCUAGUAAAGAUGACAGUGUUACGCCAUCCCUCCCACCUUCAUCUCCACGAACAGUUCAAGUUUGUUCAGAGUUGACUCUCAGUGUUCUGGACAAGGAGCUCAAAACACUCACAAAACCAAUACAGUUUGGUGUCAGUUUGGGCAUUCCUCAACACCGACUGGAAGUCAUCCAGCAAGACCAUAGAUUUGAUACUGACGGUCAGAAGAUUGCCCUGUUCCAGUUCAUUGCCAAGAACCACAAGAGUCUAGUAAUAACUUGGAGCAGUAUUGCCGACGCUCUCCAUGACAUUGAUUAUGGGGACUUGUCAUCAGCUGUUAAGGGAAAAUACUGCACUAGCUAGAUCUAGUACGUAACUUUGCUAAUAGACAUUGUUCAAUGAUGUAUCACA